CAACAACCUCGAGUAAAGAUGCACAGGGCAACAUCUAGGGAGAAGUUCAGUUCUGCAAAACUUCCUAAAGAACUGGAUCAGUAUAUCGUAGAUCCUACAACGAAAAAACGUUAUCACCGCGGCCGUUUCCUUGGCAAGGUACAUACGGUUAUAUAAAAGUAUAACCCCUAAGCAACGCGAGCACACGAAGGUUUGAUCGCAUGGUCAAUCUUCAAAUAUCUUAAACACUUGUUGCUCUUCGUGAUCUUUCAGGGAGGAUUUGCAAAAUGUUACGAACUCACCGAUAUGGAGACGAAGGAGAUCUUGGCGGGAAAGAUAAUUUCAAAGACCAUGUUGACGAAACCGCACCAAAAAGAAAAGGUGAGCAAUUAAACUAUGGACGCCUAAGUAUGGACUAGUCGUUGUUCCGUUGUAACACUGAGCUUAUCAACCUAAAUUUGUUUAAUUGAACUCUCGUUAAGCCUAGUUCGCUAUUCCAUUUUCUGUAGAUGUCCAUGGAAAUUGCCAUUCAUCGUUCAGUGGGACAAAAGAAAAGUCUUGGCUCCCAGCCGCACAGACAUAUCGUUGGUUUUCGUGGAUUCUUCGAAGACGAUGACUAUAUUUAUAUUUUACUGGAGUUGUGCAGAAGAAGGGUAUGUAAGACUUUAGGAGGAAGCUGUGGAAGCUAAAAUCUUGUCAGGCUUACGUAUUUAAAGAAUAUUCUCACUUAUCAUCGUGAUUUUCAAGACCUAUUAAACUAAUUUUUUUUUGGUGUUAGAGACCGUUCUAUCCGCCGCUCAUCCAUAAAAUAAUUUAUGCAAUCGAAGGCGAAUAUUUGAAAUAAACGACGUCGAUGUGCUGAUAAACAGGACGCGCGAAAAGGCCAUUUUUGGCGUUUACGAUAGGAAAAGAGUAAGAAAAUUGUGUGCGUGGCAAAUUCUGCCUUAAAAUCUAUUGGAAAUAGAAUAGUCGAUAUUUUGAAUAUUUAAUUUAGUUGAAUCUUCCACGUAUUUGUAAGUUUAUACUCCAGCCUUUGUUCUUCGUUCAACGUUUUUACAACUCCACUGAAUCGUUUUUAACAAUCAUUUUUUCCUGCUUGUUGCUUUUUAAAUCAACAUUAUAUUUUGACACGCUGCCUCAAUGGGAAAUCAAAAUUACUAAGCCGUAGGGUUUAUUUUACUAGACGAACUUUAAAAGGAACUAAGUUCUUUUCCCGAGAAACACCUGUUGAUACUCCUAACAGAGCUGAAAUAUAAAUAUUACAUGAACAAUGAAUAAUAAAAGAAAUUUGAUAUUAAUGAUUUAGGGUAAAAAAAAGAACCCUAUGUGAGCUGGUAGUAUAAAGAUUUUUGUCUAAGUUAAAUACACUUGUUAGUAAUAUCGUUUUCCUUCUUUUUUUGCCUCAGUGUAAUUUUGAUUCUUUAAUUUAUGCAAAGCGAGAUUCACUUAAGAUUAAAAAGGAAAUUUGGCUGCAUGUUCACCUGGCAUUAGCAACAACAAAAAACACUAAAAAUAAACAUUAGCAAAAGUUUUCAUAAGACUAGUGUAUUAAAUAGAUUAAAUUUUAUAUGAAGUCUCUGGUUUUGUCUCAUCUCCAAAAAAAAUAAGUGAAGAAGCUAAAAUUAAGUUAUUCUUUACAGGUAUGCUCACUGAAUUGAUCUUGCCCGAUACCAAAAAAUUGCUGUAUAUUUUGCUUUCUUUUUGUUAUUUCUGUAGAAGCAUUCAGCACCCAACACUGAAUAUUUCAUUCACUGUUCAGGUUUUCCUCUAAUUUAUAAAAAAAAAUUUCUUGUGAAGCAAUCUUGUCUAAUACUUGGCAAAGCAUGCUGCAUUUUGAAUUAGUUUUAUUUCAAAAUAUCUUUUUAGAAGGAUGUUUUCAUUUCCAUGGUGCAUUAGGGAAAUUAAUCAUUGGUUUUGUUAGUUAUAGUGGUUUUGUGAACAAUGAAGUUUUUUGAGGUAUUUUAUUGAAAAAAUCUUGCAUGGUUUGGUCCGGUUUUAUUGUCAUGAUGAAAAUAAAUUUAUUUCAGAGAUUUUUUGAGAUACAAAUUUAUUACGUAAAAUAAAGCUAGAAAAAUAGAAGUUUCAUUCUCUUCUUCUCCAGAUAGGUUAUAUUCACAAACUAUGUAUUGCAUGAACACAGUUUUUGAACAAUAAAAUUUGUAUUUGAAAGGGCAGAGUUGCCAACAGGAGCUGGUAGUUGACUGCUGGCUUGUCUUCAAUCUUUAGCCACCUUCUUUCCUCUCAUUUUAUCAUAAACAUUGAUUUGUUUUUGAGUGCAAUUGAAUGUAUAAUUUACCAGUAACAGGUUUAGAAGUGUAAAUUUAUUCCCUUUUCAGAAUUUGCUAGAGAAUUAGUGUUAACUUCAUCAAAAAGUUAACAGUUUAGCAGAACAAUUCAAAACAUGGCUUCCAUGACACCCUUGCCCUUUAGUAUUUCUUAAUUGCUUUCUACAUCCAAACUAGUUGACAGACUGCAUGUCCUGGAAGGGUAAAAGCUUAUAGUCUGUUGUUUUGUGUAUUUCAGUCCAUGAUGGAACUUCACAAACGUCGCAAAGCCUUGACUGAACCAGAAGUCAGAUAUUUCAUGAAGCAGAUUGUUGAGGGCACUAAAUAUCUUCAUGACAAUAAAAUCAUUCACCGUGAUCUUAAGCUUGGAAAUUUAUUCCUGAAUGAUGAUAUGGAUGUCAAGAUUGGAGAUUUUGGUCUGGCAACCAGAGUGGAGAUUGAUGGAGAAAGGAAAAAGUAAGAUAUUGGAGGAAUAUAAGCUUCCAGUACAGGAACAAGAUGGUGUUAUGCUAAAUAAAGGAAAACGUCUUGUGAUACAGAGCAAAUGGGGGCACAUGCACCAAAAUGUACAAAUACGAGCUGUUGAAAUUUAAGUUUCCUGAUACAUUUAGUUGCUGUUUUGCAUGAAAUGAUGUCAUGGUUGCCAUGAUUAAAAAAAAUUUAAUUAAUAGCCCUUUUGAAUGACUGAUGAUGGCUUCUGCUUGGAAAUGUCAGUCACUGUGACCAAACAAAAACAGUCUUUCUCAGGACUACACCUUCAUCUGGAUGAUUAGACCACAUGAUCAGUUGUUCUUUUGUUGAGUCCAAUGAAGAUCAUGUUGAUUACAAGGGCAAAGGUGAAUUGUCACAUGAUCAUGACAGAGUAUUGAAAUUCCAAUUUCAAAAUGGGAUACAUGUAUUUUCUUUCUGGAAUUUUUUCAUGCUUGAUACUUUUCUCCAUUUAUGCCAACAAAUAUCAAUUAAUUAACUUUUUGGUUACUUUUGAAAACUUCUCAACAAUAUAUUACUGAUAAUCUAACAGUUGGGCUUUCCUAAAAAAUUGAAAACAAUUCUUGAAUUGUAACAUGUAGCUGUGCAAAAGACUGAUGUAAUAACAGCUUGCUUUAUUACUUUUGUUUGACUGUACCAUGUACAAAAUGCAGCUGUGCAAAAGACUGAUGCAACGACAGCUUGCUUUAUUACUUUUUUAUGACUAUAACAUGUACCUUUUUUUUAAUUGAACAUCAAAGGAGUUUACUUAUAAAUUAAUCUUUUUUCUCAGAACUCUUUGUGGAACACCAAACUACAUUGCUCCCGAAGUGCUCAAUAAGAAAGGACACAGUUUUGAAGUGGAUGUCUGGUCAUUGGGAUGCAUCUUGUAAGUUCAGUAGGGCCAAUUCUCAUGGUGGUUGAAAAAUGUGUAUGACCUCUAGAAUUUUUACUUCAAAUUUUUUAGAAACUGUUUGUUCAGGACUCUGAUUGAAAAUGGUAUAAUAAUUUAUAACUACAAGACUAACAGACUCUUAUGAUUAUUACAGGUACACUCUUCUUGUUGGAAAGCCACCCUUUGAGACCUCUUCCUUGAAGGAUACUUACCAGCGUAUCAAAAGAAAUGAAUACUAUAUUCCUUCUAAAGUUUCUCACUCUGCACAGCUUUUGAUUAUUAAGCUUUUACGACCAGAUCCUGCAACAAGACCUGGCCUUCAACAAGUUCUAGAUGACGAUUUCUUCAAGGGAUUCACACCGAGCCGCAUGCCAGUUAGUAGUUUAACCAUGGUGCCCAGGUUUGCCUCAGGAUCUUCUGCUAACCUUCUUGGCACAUCCAGACGGCCACUAAAUGAGUUAAACACACAAGAACCUGUUGCUAGCACAGCCAGGAAAGACAAGGCUGCCUUUCUGGAAAAAGUAAGCAACAGAAGGUCACUGGGUGUUCGAGUUUGUGGUGCAGAGAGUAAACUGAUUAUGCCUGGUGAAGCUGUUGCUGAAGAGUUAAAGGAGGAAAACCAAGAUGGUGAGUCAAGGUUUUCUCUUAGUGUUGUAUAUUUGAAAAAAAAAAAAAACUAUAUAUAUAUAUAUAUAGUGAACGGUAGAUCAUGGUAAUUACUAUCAAGUUUUACACUUACAUCAACUUGGAAUACUGCAUCCUCUCUGUUGCAUCUUAAUGUACCGCUUAAUUGAAAUUGCCAAUGAAACCCUGUUAGUAAUAACUACACAGUCAGCCUCUGGGUUCUUUAUAAAUAGAAUCCUUCUCUUCAGCUGAAAAAUUCAGUGGCCAAUUUUGAUGACAAGUAUUUAACUAAAUAAUGUUGUUGUCAUUAAUAACUAGCAUCCUAUUGUUAUCAUGGUCAUCAUCAAAGACUUUGAGGUUUCUUGUAUAUGUUUGGACCUUGAAUUUAAAGUUUACGUAUUGCUGUUAUUAUCGAUUAGCUGAUCUUCCUGUAUUAUUUUUGUCACAGAGAUACCAAAAGACUGUUAUCUUUCCCAACUUCACAAGCUUAUUACGUCCUGUCUGGACAGCAGACCUUAUCCUCCCCAUCGACCCACCAUUAAUGAAGGUAAGAAAUUUUUAUACAAUUAUAAAAUUAAUAUUAUAUUUAAUAAAUUUUAAUAGUUUCAUAUGAACAUAUUGAGAGUUUUUCAAAGGAUAGUCUGUAAGUAUCCCAGAGAGAUCAAGGGAGAUCCCAGAACCUGAGCCCUUCGGUUUACUCGCACUUUGAUAAAGAAGGCUAAGUAAGGGCCAUUGCACAAAAGUGGACAGGCUUAGAUUUGUCUCAUCAAAUUAAAUCCAAGGACAACUUUGAUCUUGUCUGUUGCAUGCAUCCGUAUUAAAAAUUUCAAAGUUGUCAAAUUCUGUCAGUCCUGAUCUUCUCAGACAAGUGACUGUCAUAAGAAAGUAAGUAUCUUUUCUCAAUGGAUUCAAAUUUAAGUAGAAUUGCCAGAAUCAUCUCAAGUUGUUUUGAAAUUUUAAAAUAUGCAAGUUUUGCAAAAAAAAAAAAAAAAAAGACAAUUAUUGCCUUCCUGGUAACAGCUGCAAUCCUUUUGAUUAUGGUUCAUAAUUUGAUUAAUGGGAGGAAUUUUUAUUUUGAAACAGAUGAUGCUGAAGACCCAGCAUAUGUUCCAGUGUACUGGGUUGGUAAAUGGGUGGAUUAUUCUGACAAGUAUGGCUUUGGUUACCAACUUAGUGACAACAGUGUAGGAGUUCUGUUCAAUGACUUAACAAGAGUCAUUCUUUUCCAGGAUGGAGAGUAAGUAGUGGAGAGUAGAUGUCCUUUUUCAUUACUUAAUCCAAUCAUCUUUUUAGUACUUGUAUGAGGAACCAGGUAUAGAAUUGGUUGACAAAUAAGUUUUCUUUUCAUAUCGUAGGGACCAUGAAUUUAUUAAUGUGUAAAAUUAAAUUAGUAUUUUGGCGACAGUAUGAUUGAAAUCUUUUCUAAGUUGUUAACACUUUUGGAGACAUAAGGCUCCCCUCAACUUGUCUUUCACAGUAAAGUUUAAAAAUGUGUCAUUCAUAUCUAUUGUUGCAUUGAAACCUAUACAGAUAGUUAAAUGUACAGUCAAGUAAACAUAUUUUUGAUUUGGGUUUGCUUUGGAAAAUUUAUAGAUUUUCUAAGUUAUUUUAAUUUGUACCAGACAAUUUAUUUUGUCAAUUUUUUCUCCUCACAGCAACCUGCAGUACAUUGAUGAAGAAGGAAAAGAGCAUUAUCACACACUAAAGGGUUACCCUAAAUACCUUGAAAAGAAAGUAACUCUUUUAAAACACUUCCUGACUUACAUGAAUGACCACUUAUUAAAGGUAUUUACAAAGUAAAAAUUGUUAUUUUAGAGUACAAUGUCUGUCCACAUGGCUUGCAUGGGCCAAUGAAAACCAGGAAAGUUAACCAGGGAAAAUUACUAGUAGGAGUUGAUCUUUUUGAGAAUCCCAAAGCAAUAAAUACUAAGAAGUGUGAUUGAAUGAUUAUUUUCAAGUUACAUUGUUUGAAAGUAAAGUCUCAAUCUUAUGUCAUCAAAAACAUUAAAUAAGUGCUCAGAAAAAGUCAUGUAUUGUCAUGGUGGAAAUGAAAAGUUUUUCAAACUAAAACCCUGAUUUGCUUCAGAAGGCAAUUCAUGAUUUUGAUUUGGUAAUAGCAUUACGAUUUUUUCUCUCAGGUUUAAAGUAAACAGAUGUUGCUUAGAGUACAAGAGUACACUGCCAAAUUUAACUUAUUUUGUCUUCUUUGCAACAUCUGGUAUCAGUUUAUGGUAUACCUGUGCAGAAGUAGCAGGAGAAAACCUUGUGAAGCAACCAAUGAAGACUGCUGACAACUAGCUCUUUCAUUCAACUUGUAGUACAACUGCAUGUGGUGAAUUUGUGACAAUUGGGUUAUUGCCAAAAAAGAUGCAGCUUGUACAUCAGUGUUUACAGUAAAUUGCACGUGGUCAUAAGUUUUAAAUAAAUUUGAUUGUAUUCAGGCUGGUGCAGGUACCAAAGGUGCCAAAGAAGAUGAAUCGGCAAGGUUACCUUUCUUGAAGCAGUGGUUUCGUACAAAAGAGGCCAUUGUAUUGCAUCUCACUAAUGGCACUCUACAGGUGAAUACAUAAAUUCUUUCAAGAUAUAUUUAUUGGUACUGAUGUCUUACUUGAAGAGGUGCUGCACCAAAAAUUGCUGCUUUUAUGACUCCCUAAAAUUGUGGUGUGUCAUUUUGAAGCUUUAGUGCAGAGUUUAUAGAACCCAUUUGUGGCAGAGCAUCUUAGUGCUAACUGCAACUGUCAAGGAUUUUAAUGCUGAUGGGACAUUAACAUUAAUUUUGUUUGUAAAUAGGAUAAGAAAGAUGGUAAGUUUUGAGCUCAGUAAGAAAUAGUUACAAACUUUUAUAUAUAAGAUUUUAUAUUCUUUGUUGGAGCUGUAUUUUGUCUCUUGACACUUUUUAAUUGUAACAUUAUCAAUUCUUUAUGUUUUUACACAGAUCAACUUUUUCAAGGACCAUACCAAGAUUAUGGUGUGUCCUCUAAUGGGGGCAGUGACAUACAUUGAUGAGAGCAAAAGAUUCAGGACAUUUCCUUUGAAGAGCAUUGAAAAACAUGGCUGUAGUGCCAGUAUAGCCAAACGACUUAGCUAUGCUCGUAAAAUGAUAGAGCAAAUACAAGAGUCUGAAAGGAGAAGCAAUAAGGAAUGAAUGAACUGGAUUACCUUAGUAGUAAUCUUAACUUUAUCAUGUUUUUCUCUUGAUUUCUUGAUUAUUUCCUCAUUUUAUUCAAUUAUGAUCUGUAUGGGAAGAUUUUACUGUUUAUAAUGAUGAAUUAAAUAUUUCAUUAUUAAACUAUUUAUUUGCAAAAGUAGAAGCUGUUAGCCAGUCAAACUUUUAGGAUAGUACUUAAAAGCAGUCUAGUGUUAUACUCCUGAGUUAUGCUUUGUCAAUCACAUCUGUUGUUUCACUCAAUGCUGUUCAUCUUUCUUCAGACCUUGGCAAUUUGAGAAUGAAUUGAUGAAUUGAUUACAGUGGUCUUGUAACCAAGAAACCUCUUUGUAAGAAAAAUGAAGAAAUUCAAUCCUUAGAGGUCAUAAAUAAGUUAAGUUUAGCUUCUAGAGUUUAUGGAAAGAAUUUUACUAAUUUACAAAUGUUCCUCGAAAUGAUUUGACGAAGGCUUAAGAUAAUCAAUUUCCCUUUAUAGCUUAUUGUAUAAAUACUCCCAAUGCUUUUCCACCAAUUUAGAGUCUUUCAGUAUGUGAAAAUAACUAGUGAGGUCACUACGAUUUGUUCCAGAAACUAUGAAAAUGUGAAAGAAUAUGUUCACAAUAGUUAAGAUGAAUACUUCAAUUAUUGUUUGUUAUUAAUAGUUAUACCUCGUCAUUGUAAAUAGCGAUUU